AUGGUAAUUAUCGUCUCAGUAUGUAAUGCAUGGCAUAGCAGGAAACAUUUUCCAGGUGUUACACCCCGUAGUCUGUCUGAAGACGGACAUGAUGCUGACGAAGAUGUGCUGUCCAUAGUAGAAGGUUGUUUGGAAUUGGAGGCAGAACUAGGGAUUCUGCAUCAACGGGCGAUCGUGCAGCCGGACACCGACCCAGUAAGUCGGGUAGAAGGAUUGGUUUCGGUGCUACACGCUGCUGCCGCGGAACACGAGUCAGGGCAAUGGAUCUCGUCGGCGUGGGAUGCAACUCCUGUCUCCCACGUAUUAUCUGCUCGAACCCAACAGCACACAGAUGAAUCGUUGCUACGGUUGCAUAGCACCUUCCCGCCGGAUGAUACACAGAAGGCAAUUGCGCACACUGCUCCACCAAUUGCAUCUCCAACGCGUCAUGCUCAUCUGGAUGCUGCCCAGGCUCUGGAUCCAGAAGCGUGGUUAGAUAGCAUUCCAGAGAUAAUCAGCAAGGCACAAGAACAAGAGGUGGUUCACUUGGCACUUCCCACUGCCGGGGAGACAGAUUCUAGAGAGUCAUCCACUUCAGUUGUGGCAAUGCAAACUCUUCGCGAUUCUGUACAUGUGCCAGAUGAGGAGAUUCGCAACCACCCGUAUGUGCGACUUCCAGUACUGGCGGAAGACGUGGUUGUUAGACGCAUCAAUGUGACAGAACUCUUUACCCCCUUUCGUAGCCGACUGCCUCCACACAUUUUCCUGCUCAGGUUGAGAAGGCUGUUUGCACAAAGAGUACUCAGGCAAAAGGACGUGAACAUGCUCGUGGCUGCGACGGAAGGGUUAAUAGGGGCAGCCUGGUACCAGGCAAAGAAGACCAGUCGGCUGAACCGACCAGUGUAUGCCGCGGAAACCUUUGGAAAGUACUUCUUGGCGCUCGACGCAAUUGCUUGUACCAUUGAACUUCUGGGGGACAACAUGCAGCUUCCCUUGUGGUGGGGUAAAUUCAUUGCUCCCUUUAACCAUCACCCAUUAACACUUCCACCCUUAGGCAACCGCAUCGGAGGGUUUUACAGGAGGCUGAUAAGUCGCAUACUUAAUGCACUUGACGUGUACAAAACAGGAAGACGCCCAGAACUCAAGGAAAUAAUUUCGCUUAAAAAGAAGCUGUUUUGUUUUCGAGAUGCUCCUGGAGGCUUCAAGGACGGUAUUUGGGAUCCUUGGCGUGAUGAUGCAUACGCAUUUUCGAAAUCUGGCGAUGCCUCUUGUUAA